GCAUGCGCCGUGGAGGGGAGCGUAGUAAACUCAAUGAAAAUAAUCAGUAGACGGUUGCCGAUAGCGUAUUUCGUCGGGCGGGUAGAUAACUUUUGAAUUUUAGCGAAUAAUAACCGCGGAACCGCCUACACCAAAUUUAUAAAUAAAGUGUUAGUGCAUAGUGUACGUAUCUUGUGAAAAAUGACCAACGCACCGGUGAAGAAGGUCCCCAUACAUUUACAGAGCUCCCAAAACCGACUUCUCAUCAAAAAUGGCAGGGUGGUCAAUGACGACGGAGUUGAAGACUCUGAUGUUUACAUCGAAGACGGCAUCAUCAAGCAAGUGGGCCGCAACCUGAUCAUCCCUGGUGGUACGCGCACCAUCGACGCGACCGGCAAGCUGGUGAUGCCUGGUGGAAUCGACCCCCACACCCACUUCGAGCUGGAAAUGAUGGGCGCGAAGACAGCUGAUGACUUCUAUAAAGGCACACGCGCGGCUGUUGCUGGAGGCACCACUACUGUUAUUGACUUUGUGCUGCCGCAGAAAGGCCAGUCUUUGCUGGAAGCGUACGCGAAUUGGAGAGAAAAGGCUGACAACAAGGUAUGCUGCGACUACGGUCUCCACGUGGGCGUGACUUGGUGGUCUCCGUCAGUGAAGAAGGAGAUGGAACAGCUGGUCUCCGAGCAGUACGGCGUGAACUCGUUCAAGAUGUUCAUGGCGUACAGAGAUGCUUGGAUGCUGGAUGAUUACGAUCUCUACUGCGCCAUGGAAACAUGCACGCUUUUGAAAGCUCUGCCUCAGGUACAUGCAGAGAACGGGCACAUAAUAGCUCGCAACACGGAGAAACUCCUCACUGCUGGAGUGACUGGCCCUGAGGGUCACGAGAUGUCGCGCGAUGAGGAAGUGGAGGCGGAAGCUGUGAACAGAGCAUGUGUCAUCGCCAACCAGGCCAACUCCCCCCUGUACAUAGUGCACAUGAUGUCUAAGAGCGCGGUGGAGGCACUGGAUCUGGCCCGCAAGAGACAGAAGCAGCCCGUCUUUGGAGAGACUCUCGCUGCCACCGUCGGCACUGAUGGUACACACUACCGCAACUCGUGCUUCCGCCACGCGGCCGCGCACGUGCUUUCGCCGCCGCUGCGCCCCGACACGCGCACGCCGCAAGCCAUGGUCGAGGCACUCGCCGAUGACCGGCUGCAGCUGAUAGGUAGCGACAACUGCACAUUCCAUGAGAAAGACAAGGAGCUUGGUAAAGGAAACUUCUCCAAGAUUCCCAACGGAGUGAACGGCGUGGAGGACCGCAUGUCUAUACUUUGGGAGAAGGCAGUUAACACUGACACAAUGGACCCGUGCCGGUUCGUGGCGGUGACCAGCUCGACGGCAGCGAAGGUGUUCAACCUGUGGCCGCAGAAGGGCCGCGUGGCCGUCAACAGCGACGCGGACAUAGUCGUGUGGGACCCGCGCCUCGAGAGAACCAUCACCGCAGCAGCGCAUAAGCAUGCCGUCGACUUUAAUAUAUUCGAGGGCCAGCGUGUGACGGGAGGCCCUCAGUACGUGAUCGUGAACGGUCGUGUGUGUCUUGACGAUGGAGAGCUGAGGGUUGUGGAAGGUCUCGGCAAGUUCCUGAAGACUCCACCGAACAGCCCGUUCGUGUACGGCGGCGCGCCAUCUAUCGGCAAGCAGCAGUCUGCGCCACCCUCCCCGCAACAGGAGUCUCCCGUCAGAGUCACCAAUGGCACUCCCACACCCACCGACUUGAUGCUGGUGAACAAGCAGCUGGAGGCGCUGGGUAGCGUGUCUGGCUGCAGCACACCCACGGGACGCAAGAUGCGCGAGCCGGGACAGCGGGACCUGCAGAACUCCACAUUCUCCAUCAGCAAAGAGAUAGAGGGACUGGACACGAAGACGUCUGUUCGCGUCAGGAACCCGCCCGGCGGGAAAUCUUCCGGACUCUGGUAAACUCCGCACUGGACGGCAAAUGGCUUACAUCGCGCAUACUACUUGUGGAAUAGUGACAUAGUAAAUUAUUAAUAAGCAUUAUUAAACACUGUCUUGUUAAUUCACACUGAAAUAUCAGUAAAUAACAUUGAUAUCGUGCAAUAUAACGGUAAAACAAUCAAUUUGCUAAUGGUAAUUGUAUUGACUUAAUGCUUAUUUGGUAAAUUUACUCUAGCGGUAAAUAAGAUCAAUUAUUCACAAGUAGUAGGAAGGCUUCAGGCAGCGACCAAUUUAGGCUAUUUAAAAUAACCCAAAGCUUACAAUAUAGUUUGUUACAGUUAGCAUGACAUAAUAACUGUUGGUAUGUUAUUUAUAUAUUCAGUUAAAAAUAGACUGAUUUGUAAAGUUGUUUAGUGUGUACCGCCAUACUUUAUAACUGUUAGUUAAAUAUACAUGGGUAUUUCUAAAAUCAUUAAGAUUUUAUGUAUAGAAGCAAUAUUUUAACUUUGGUAUUUGCUACCAAAACAUUUGACUUUGUUUUAAGACUAUGGAAAAUGUAAAGGCCUAAUGCUAGGCAUUUUUCAUACUUUUUAAUUGUGAAAUUUUAUAACGUUUUGGUUUGAACAGUAUGGCGGUUCAAAUAUAUCACCCGGUUAGAUAUAAACAUUUUUGGAUACCUUCAUUAAUGUGAACAAAGUUAAUUGACUGUUGACUUAAAAAAAAACAUCUUUUAUCAUUUAUCCCGAUGAAGGUAGCUUAAAAAUGUUAAAUGUAAUUAGACAGUUGACAAGUUAUGUGUUAUUAGUUACAAUUAGCUUUUAAUGUUUCGUUAGUUAAACCAAUUAAUGUUUGACCAGAUAGUGAUAACAGAAUUUUUGAAAACAAUUUUAUAGGACGUUUGAUAGUUCUUUUCAAUGAUAUACAUCUAUAUUGAACUUCCAAUAUGUGACAAUUCUGCAAUUUUCUAGCAUUUACAAGUAUGUUACACAAGUUAUGUUUUAACUUGAAUGUUGUGUGCAUGUGACGUAAAAUAUAAUUAACGUCGUGUAGAAGUUACGAGUAAUUUAAUUUAGUAAGUUGACAAAUAAGUCAAUUUUUAAAUCAUUAAUUCACUAUCGAUAAUGUGAUUUUUACAUUUGAAUCCAAUUUAUUUAUUUAAUAUCCUGUUAAUUCCUAAACUAAAGCAUGUAUUGCGAAUUAAACGUGUGUUGUGCUUACGAAUGUCAAAUCCCAUUUAAUAUAAGUAUUAGGAAUAGAUUUUUAUUGUUUUUAUACUAAGCACCUUUGAAAUUGAAGUUUCUAAUCGUGUUCAUUAUGACUUCCAUUCUUAAACGCUGUACAAACAAUUCGAUGUUUGAUUAGAAACCCGCUAGUCUUGCAUCCCGCGUCACGGUUUUGUAGCGUUACGUUUAUUAUGAAUGUAUAUUCUUUAUUAUGCAUUGUCACAAAAUAAACAAUGUAAUCUCUGA